AUGCUUCUCGAAACGAGAACUGAACUUUUAGCACGAUCACGAAAACUUGUCCGGCUAACCAAUAUGAUGUCCAAUUUCACCGCGGACAGUUGGCGGAUACUGAACGAAGCUCAACACGGUGGUCGUUCAGUAGACGAACAAGAUUGGGCUGCAGCAUUUCGGGAAUGGAUGCUGUCGGUAGCGGAAGUGGUUGACGAUCGACGACCGAUCCGUCGAGAGCUAAACCGACCAGACGAUCUCGCCAAUAUGCAUAAUAAGUGGACAUUUCCAACAGCGUUACUCUAUGUGCUCACCGUUUUAACUACAUGUGGUACGUUGUUAGUAAUUGUUGACAUUAGACCAGUUUCUCGUGAAAAUAACAACAGUAUUGAUCGGUGCCACAUGACCUACGACAGAGCUAAUCCUCAUGGCUCAGCAAAGCCAGCCAUAAUGUCAAAACAAGUUCGACACGUAUGA